CAACUUUUGCAAGUACACGGAAAAGGCCCAAAAAAGGGAAUUGCCUCAACGGCAGAGCCGGGCUUGCACAAAGGGAAAAAAAGCGACACCCGAAUGGAAAGCAAUGGAAUUUUUCCGUUCUCGUCGCCAAAUGCCAACUUCCUCUCGUGGCCAGAUCGAUAACUCGUUUUGCUUACGCGUUUCCAACGCGGAAAUAUCCGUCAAGAAGCUUUUCUUGCCAUAAAAAGUGCGCAACCAAAAACCGUAAUCAAUGCUAACUUAGCCUCCCCUCCCCUCCCUUCCUGCUCUCUCUCUCUCUCUCUUCUUGUUUUCAUAUCCCUUUUUUUGGCCUCCGUUCUUUCCCCCCGCAAAGCCAGCUUUAAGACCCGAGGGCAGCCCCCUCUCUGUGCCUGGAGAAAACCCAGAGACGAAUUCGAGAGAAGCCGGACAAGAUGAGCUAUUACAACCAGCAGCCUCCCGUCGGCGCUCCUCCCCCUCAAGGGUAUCCGCCGGAGGGAUACGGGAAGGAGGGAUAUCCGCCGCCGGGAUACCCGCCGCAGGGGUACCCAGCGCCCGGGUACCCGCCUCAGGCGGGGUACCCUCCGCCUCCGGCCUACGCGCCGCAGUACGCGCAGCCGCCGCCGCCGCCUCAGCGGCAACAGGGUAGCGGCCCGGGCUGCAUGGAGGGCUGUUUGGCUGCUCUAUGUUGCUGCUGUCUCCUGGACGCCUGCUUUUGAAGACCGGAAGGCUUCUGUGGUCCAAAGAGCAAAAAUCCCAUCCGGUCUGUCCAGUGUUCAAAGCUUACAAACCCUCGUCUUCUUUUAUCUUUCGUCGUCGUUGUUUUUCUUGAACAUGGCCCCUCGCGGCUGAAUUCGCGCAUCUCGAUUGCGUCUGUAGCAGUUUUUAAUAUCUGAAUGUUCCUCCCAAGUGGUAGCUUCGGUUCGGGUCCAUUGGGUUUCUAGAUCUGAUCUCGCUGUCUAAUCUUUGAAAUUCUUGCGUCGUCGAUGAUGUGUUGAAGCUCAAUGGAGGAUUUGAUCUAUAAGUGAACAUUAUCUUCCAAUGAA